ACUGUGAGUGAAUCAGGGAGAAGGUCCUCGUCCUCUGCGGUGAUUCGGUUCUUCUCCUGCGGGUUGUCGUCGUCGGUACCAGAUGCUCUCUUCCGCCGGACCGGAGCCACUCAGCGUCACACCGUCCAAGCCGACCGGAACCUGAAGCCGAGGAUGCAGGUGAAACACCAGAUGUGCUCGGAGAGGAGCAGCAGCACGGACGACCCGGAGCAGGAUGACAACGAGAAGAAGACCUCGUGCUUCUCCAACAUCAAGAUCUUCCUGGUGGCGGAGUGCGCGCUCAUGUUGGCGCAGGGCACCGUGGGCGCGUAUCUGGUCAGUGUCCUCACCACUCUGGAGAGACGUUUCAACCUCCAGAGUGCCGACGUGGGCGUCAUCGCCAGCAGCUUUGAAAUCGGCAACCUAGCCCUCAUUCUGUUUGUCAGCUACUUUGGCGCCAAGGCCCACCGGCCCCGCCUGAUUGGCUGCGGUGGGAUUGUCAUGGCGUUGGGGGCCUUGCUGUCAGCGCUGCCGGAGUUUCUGACUCACCAGUACGAGUACGAGGCAGGGGACUCGUGGCACGCUGAGGACGGCAGGGACAUCUGCUCCAACAGGUCCAGGCCGGAAAAUCGAGACUCUGGGUUCAACUGCAGCAACCGAGCCAACACCAACAUGAUGUACCUUCUGCUGAUAGGAGCCCAGGUUCUGCUCGGCAUCGGGGCCACACCUGUCCAGCCUCUGGGAGUGUCCUAUAUCGAUGACCAUGUCCACAAGAAGGACUCUUCACUGUAUAUAGGCAUCUUGUUUUCGACGUUAGUGUUCGGCCCAGCUUGUGGCUUCAUCCUCGGUUCUGUCUGUACCAAAGUCUACGUCGAUGCCGUCUUCAUCGACACCACUAAGCUGGAUAUCACCCCAGAUGACCCUCGCUGGAUCGGGGCCUGGUGGGGGGGCUUCCUCCUUUGCAGUGCCUUACUCUUCCUGUCGUCCCUCUUCAUGUUCGGCUUCCCCCAGGAGCUGGACGAGCAGGACAUAAACGGGGGAGGGGAGAGUGAGCAGGCCAUGCUGCCUUCUUCUCUGACCCAGGAGAACCAGGGUUCUAAACCCAACGGAGCCUUCAGAGGCUUCGAAAUGAACAGUGGACUCUCGGUCUGGGAGCAUCUGAGAGUGAUCCCUCGGGUAACCAGGCACCUCCUCUCCAACCCCGUGUUCAGCUGCAUCACGCUGGCCGCCUGCAUGGAGAUCGCCGUGGUGGCCGGCUUCGCUGCGUUCCUGGGCAAAUACCUGGAGCAGCAGUUCAACCUCACCACCUCUUCAGCCAAUCAGCUGUUAGGUAUGACAGCCAUCCCCUGUGCCUGUCUGGGUAUUUUCUUGGGGGGCCUCUUAGUUAAGAAGCUGAACCUUUCGGCUCUGGGUGCCGUCCGCAUGGCCAUGCUGGUCAACCUGGUGUCCACCGCCUGCUACGUCUCGUUCCUCUUCCUGGGCUGUGACACGGGACCCGUUGCCGGGGUUACAGUGGCCUACAGCAACGAGACGCUGCGGACCUGGCAGCAGCCCGAGUCGGCCUGCAUCAGUAACUGUAACUGUUACACCGCCUCAGUGAGCCCGGUGUGUGGAUCCAACGGAGUCACUUACAUCUCAGCUUGCUUCGCCGGCUGCACCAAACCAAACCUGAGCAGUUGUGCGUGUGUAUCCAGCUCCAGCGAGGAAGCCGUGGCGUUACCGGGAAAGUGCCCGAGUCCCGGCUGUCAGCAGGCCUUCCUCACCUUUCUGUGUAUUAUCUGUGUGUGCAGCAUGAUCGGAGCCAUGGCUCAGACACCCUCCGUCAUCAUCCUCAUCAGAACUGUGAGUCCAGAGCUGAAAUCAUACGCUCUUGGAGUUUUGUUCCUGCUCUUGAGGCUCAUAGGCUUCAUCCCUCCUCCUCUGAUCUUCGGGAUGGGCAUCGACUCCACCUGUCUGUUCUGGAGCUCCGUCUGCGGCGAGAAGGGAGCCUGCAUGCUCUACAACAACGUGUCCUACAGGCAUCUGUACGUCAGCAUCGCCAUCGUCCUGAAGUCUUCAGCCUUCGUCCUGUACGCCACCACAUGGCAGUGCCUGAAGAAGAACUACAGGAAGUACAUCAAGAACAGCGAGGGCUAUCUGACACCCACCGAACUCUUCGCUUCCAACGUGACUCUGGAUAAUCUGGGCAAAGAGAUUACCCAGAACCCAACCAACAGGACAAAGUUCAUAUAUAACCUGGAGGAUCAGGAGACGAGUGACAACAUGGAGUCAGUUUUAUAGA